GUGAUUCACUGAAGGCUGGAACUAUUACUAUAGAGGAUUUUAGAAGAAUAUAUCGUGCUAUAGCACACAGAUGUGAAAUUCACGAGCUCUUCACAAUCCACUCUCCAAAUGGCAGAAUACUUUCGCUACCAAAUCUAGUUGCCUUUCUCAGAAAUGAACAGUCUCAGACUAAUGCUGAUGAAACAAUUGCAUCUCAACUUGUUAUAAAGUUUGAGCCCAUUGAAGAAGUGCUCUAAUGAAAGGAUGCCGGUGCCUGGAAAUUGACUGCUGGGAUGGACCCAAUAAUGAUCCUGUAGUUUAUCAUGGAUAUACACUAACAAGCAAAAUUAGUUUUAAGACUGUCAUCCAGGUGAUCGACAAGUAUGCCUUUUUGGUUUCUGAUUAUCCUCUGAUAUUGUCUCUGGAGAAUCAUUGUAGUCCUAAGCAGCAGGAAGUUAUGGUGGAUUAUCUAAAAAAUAUUCUGGGUGACCAGCUGAUUACAUUUACAAUAGAUGAGACCAUGCCAACUGAAUUACCUUCUCCUGAGGCACUAAAAUUCAGAAUUAUGAUAAAAAAUAAAAAAAUUGGAACACUUGAAGAAACACUUGGAAGGAAAGGCCUGGACAGCCACGGUCAAACAGGAGAGUUUGAAGAAGAGGAAACAAGUGAUGACGAGCCAGAUAAUGAGCUUAAACGCCCUAAACAACCUCCGGUUAAGAAAAGACGAGCACUUUGGAAAAGCUCUGCUCCCCCCAGAAAAAAACAAAAAAUAAAGAAAGUAAAGAUUGCCUUGGCACUGUCAGAACUCGUGAUAUAUACCAAAUCUCGGAAAUUUGUAAGCUUUGAAGAUUCAAGAGAAAAUCAGCUUUUUUAUGAAAAUAAUUCAAUUGGUGAGGCAAAAGCCCGAAAGCUAGCAAAACUGAUAGCAAAUGGAUUUGUUCAACAUACAGUCAGAUUUAUCACAAGAAUAUAUCCUAGAGGGAUCCGAACCAACUCUUCUAAUUAUAAUCCUCAGGAAUUUUGGAAUGUUGGGUGUCAGAUGGUGGCCUUAAACUUCCAAACACCUGGAGAACAAAUGGAUCUCUACACUGGGAAAUUUUUGGAUAAUGGUGGCUGUGGCUAUAUAUUAAAACCAGAAUUCUUGAGAAAUAGAGACACACAAUUUACUCCAUGUAAUAUAUCUGCAGACCAUCAACCAGUUACACUUACAAUUAAACUGAUUAGUGGCCAUCAGUUACCACCUAGCAACCUCUCUAGGACUAACAAAGCCGAUCCUCUUGUUGUACUAGAAAUUUAUGGCAUUCCAGAGGACCAGGCAAAACAACAGAGUUGUGUUAUAAAGGGCAAUGCUUUGUGUCCUAGGUGGAAUGAAACAUUCACAUUUGAUGUUCGUGUUCCAGAGCUUGCCUUAGUUCGUUUUGUGGUAGAAGAUCAGCUUUCUCUGGCUUCCAAUGAUUUCCUUGGUCAAUAUACUUUGCCACUUUUAAGCAUAAAUAAAGGUUAUCGUCAAGUUCCACUUUUUUCCAAACUUGGUGUCAGCCUACGUCCUGCUUCACUCUUUGUACAUGUUUCAUACUCAAGAAAUAAUGUCGGUUAGGAAUUCUGCCUGUUUCCUCAAUAAAGAUUCAGUGGUUUAAUUAUA